AUGUGUUUCUCUUUGAACAAAAUUAAGUCAUUCGUCAAUAAAUUGCACCAAAGUUGUAAAGAACUGGAACUGGAACUAGAGCCAUCAACAACUUUGCUGAAUGAAGAGAAAAUGACGUUCUUACACAUUACCCACGACCUAAUUCCUCUCUUCCAUUAUUACGAUCAGACGAAAGAAAACAAAAUUGCUUUUCUAAUGGUGUCCCUUAGCUUCUGCUUUUCUAUGAGACUUAGCCUUUGCCUGAAUCUUAAGCUUUACACUGCCGUAUGCGAGUCCGAAGGUGAAAGCCGAAACCCUAGCCACCUGCCAUUUAUGGAAAAAUCAGACUGUUUAUAUAGAAUGAAUUCAAUCACAGAUUAA